UAAUUGUCCCGCCGAAUGUCCAGCUCCGUCACGAGCUCGUCAAGUGGGCUGUUGUCAAAAUGUAGUCUCAGCAAUCACGGCUGAACUGUUCAGCAACAAAAAGUUAGGUUCCUCACCGCAAAGCAUUGCCUCCUCAUUCACUCCUCCGAGUAAACCUCAUCCUCAAACAGUCCACAAGAUCCUUGGAAAUUGUUAAAAAUGGGUGCGGAGAACCUGUCCUUUGUCCUCGAGAAGGCCGGGAGUGUCAAGUUCGAAGACCGUCCUGUACCUCAGCUGAAAUCGCCCUACGAUGUCAUUGUUAACACGAAAUUCACUGGGAUCUGCGGCAGCGAUGUCCAUUAUUGGGUUCAUGGCGCCAUCGGCCAUUUUGUCGUAAAAGAUCCAAUGGUCUUGGGCCAUGAGAGCAGCGGUGUUGUCACACAGGUGGGCGAGGGUGUGAAGAGCUUGAAAGUUGGCGACCGAGUCGCAAUGGAGCCUGGUGUUCCCUGCCGAAGAUGUGUGAGAUGCAGAGAAGGAAAGUACAACCUGUGCCCGGACAUGGCAUUUGCUGCUACUCCGCCGUUCGACGGCACGCUGGCAAAAUACUAUGCACUACCGGAGGACUUCUGCUAUAAGCUGCCAGAGAGUGUGUCACUCGAGGAAGGAGCAUUGAUGGAGCCAUUGGCAGUUGGUGUGCACAUCUCGAAACAAGGGCAGGUGAAACCGGGUGACAGUGUUGUCGUGUUUGGCGCAGGACCUGUCGGUCUCCUAUGCAUGGCUGUAGCCAAGGCUUUUGGGGCUUCCAAGAUCGUCGCCGUUGACAUCAAUGCUGAGCGUCUCGACUUCGCAAAGAAAUACGCUGCGACACAUGGUGUGCUCUCACAGAAGGAGUCUGCAGAGGAUGCUGCACGACGCAUUAUUGCUGAUGCCGAACUCGGACCUGGUGCGGACGUUGUCCUUGACGCGAGUGGAGCUGAGCCAGCCAUCCAGACGUCAAUUCACACUCUGCGAGUAGGUGGAAACUACGUGCAAGGUGGCAUGGGUAAGAGCGAUAUUGUGUUUCCAAUCGCUGCGAUGUGCUCCAAGGAGCUUAACGUCAAGGGGUCUUUCAGAUACUCCGCCGGUGAUUACCAGCUAGCCCUGCAGCUGAUCGAGAGCGGGCGAGUGGAUGUCAAGUCUCUCAUCACUGGAAAGGUGAAAUUCAGGGACGCAGAGAAGGCUUUUGGAGAUGUCAAGGCCGCGAAGGGUAUCAAGACGCUGAUCGAGGGCGUCGAAGAGUAGGCAGAAGUUGUUGGAGAUCGCCAGUAGAAGGCCAGACCAGCACAAGCUUGCGAGCUGGGAAAAAUCUCCGAGAGUAUACCAAGCGGAUAGGAGAGAGCCUCCUCGGCACGAGAAGAGCGAAACGGCUGUCUGAGUUUCUUCUGGAGGCGCUGACCAGAAAGAAAUCUGGAGCAAGCAUGCGUGUAACGUGUAACCCAAGGCUGGAGUCUCGAAGUACAUAGAACGCCCUGCACGUCCCAAACAGGUGUGCUGGAACAUCGACAAUGUUUCCACUCUCACUGGCGCGUCGCCUAUGCGGGAUGUCAAGAUAGAAGUACAGUCGUCUUGUAUU